AAAUUAAUAUUGCGUAGGACAUUUCAUCACGUAAUGUUUGCUAUGUUAACACAGCUAGCUUCGGUAACUGUCAAGAACAUAACGCUGAACACGUGUUGAGCUAUGCUUUCCCUUUAAAGAGUACUGUCGGGUUACUGAACAACCUGAGAGUGCGUGUUUGUUCAUGGAAGACUUCGUUGAUCCUGAGGCGCUUUAGCAGAAGAAAACUAUGAUUGGUCACAGUCCUGCUCCUCCAGCCUGUAAUGGCAUUACUCCACUCCAACAGAUGGUGGCGUCCUGCUCCGGAGCCAUCCUCACAUCUUUGUUUGUUACACCUUUGGAUGUUGUGAAGAUCAGACUGCAAGCACAGAAAAAUCCCUUUCCCAAAGGCAAAUGCUUUGUCUACUGCAAUGGACUUAUGGACCACAUAUGUGUGUGUGAAAACGGCAACUCCAAGGCCUGGUACAAAGCCCCCGGUCACUUCCAUGGCACACUGGAUGCCUUCGUCAAGAUAGUACGCCAUGAAGGAGUGAAGGCAUUAUGGAGCGGUCUACCUCCAACCCUUGUGAUGGCAGUCCCAGCUACAGUUAUCUACUUUACGUGCUACGACCAGCUGUGUGCAGCGCUGAGGGUCAGGAUGGGAGACUAUGCUCAGGAGGCUCCUCUUCUGGCAGGUGCUAUCGCUAGAGUGGGUUCAGUGACAGUGAUCAGCCCUCUGGAGCUGAUCCGUACGAAGCUGCAGUCUCAGAAACAGUCGUACAGGGAGCUGACUGACUGCAUCCGCUCCGCAGUGCAAACAGAGGGCUGGCUGUCUCUGUGGCGAGGUUUGGGGCCCACACUCCUCCGAGACGUGCCCUUCUCAGCCAUGUACUGGUACAACUAUGAGAAGGGCAAGAGCUGGCUGUGUGAACAUUAUAACACCAGUGAACCUACAUUUACCAUUACCUUCGUAUCUGGAGCGGUGUCGGGCUCUAUUGCGUCCAUUGUAACGUUACCUUUCGAUGUCGUCAAAACGAGAAGGCAGGUGAUGCUGGGAGAGCUACAAGCAAAGAAUUUGUCAUGUCAGGACUCCUCCACCUUCAGCGUGAUGAGCAGGAUUGUGGCGCAGGACGGCUUGGGUGGAUUGCUUGCAGGUUUCCUCCCAAGGUUGAUCAAAGUGGCCCCAGCCUGCGCCAUUAUGAUCAGUUCUUAUGAGUUUGGAAAAGCCUUUUUCCGCAAACACAAUCAGGAGGAUACUCAGGCCACUGCAGACCAGUAACACCUGAUAGCGUUAGUCAUUUCUCUUCAAAUCAAACACUACUGCUAGACUAUACCUGGAAGUGAAGAAAAUAAUGAAAUGCUUGACACUUUUCUAAAUUACAAGAUUAAUAUAUUCCUUUCAUUAGUAUUUCUAAUUUAAUAUUCUAUUUUUUUUUGUUCACCACAACAGACCCUGUGCACACAACUGAAAAGAAAUUAUGUUUUGUCUUAUUAGUGUUCAAAUCACAUGCUUUUUAAUGCAUUUAACAGCCAGCAAAUAUAUGUGAUAAUAUGUGAUUUUCCAGGUCUCAAGUGUGGCUGCCUCACUGGGGCCGUGUGCAUUGUGCCUGAAGUCCUUACAUUAGAGAUGAAAGAUUAAUCUCUAUCUUAUUCCUGUGUGUCACUCCGAGUCAGUGUAUCCUCCCCGACACCGAGAGAGGAUCUCCAUGUUUUUGCACUUCCACUCCAAUUCUUUGUAACCUGUGAAUACAUGUGUGAUAAGAGAGACAACCCCAAAAAGGCAAAACUGUGCCAGUGUAAAGCCAUGACAAGAGACUGUAAAAAACGACUGUGACGCAUGUAAACUUUCUGAUAAUGUGACGUCUCAAAUGUUCAAUACACGUACCUAAUUUUCUUUGGAAA